UCUGUGCUGCUCUGCAAACAGCAGUGCCGUGCACCAUCACAGCUCCCCCAGGCCCAGCUCCCCUUCUCUGUGUUCCCCAGGGCAGCUAGUGAAGGUGUCCGCUGUGCCCAGGAGCAGAGCACGCAGCCAGGACCAUGCUGCAGCGUGGGCUGCGGGAGCUGCAGGUCCUCCCUGCAGGCGGAUAGACACCAGCACUGCGGGACUGUGUCAGCAGAUGUGCUUGCAGCUUCUCCUGGUUCUCCUCACCUAGCUGGACCCAGAGCCGAGGCCGAUGCAUCCCAGUGAGCCACCACUGCCCGAGCUGAAGCUCCGCAGACCCGUGCAGCGGGGCAGGAUCCCAGCACCCUUCAUGGACCCGGUAUGUCACCGCACCGCUCCGCCAUCCCGCGCUCGUGCCCCUGCCCUCCCCCUUUGCUCCAGGCAGGCCCGUGGGAACCGUGCUGCUGCACAGGGCAUGGCGGCAGAGCCGGCAGCACCAUGGCAAGACCCCCACGGUACCACUGCGGUGGACCCUCUGGAUGUGGAUGCCUUGGUGCCCACGCACGACGAGCGGGGCCGCGCCAUCCCUGAGUGGAAGCGGCAGGUGAUGGUGCGGCGACUGUGGGCACGGCUGGCAGAUGAAGUGCCGGCGUGUGAUCAGGUAGGGUCAAGCCUGCCGCAGGAGCCGGGCACGUGGCGCUUCUCGCCGUCCCACGAGGCCGUGCUGGGCCCAUUUGGUGAGCUGCUGACCGAGGCGGACCUGCAGCAGCUGGAGUGGGCGGUGGAGAGCCUGCGGCUGCGGCGGCGAGGAGAGGCCUACCAGGGCGAGCUGCAGCGCCUGGCGCAAGAGCUGCGCACACUGCUGCCCUCCCCGCUGCUCAGCAUCACUGUGCACAGCCCUCCUCCAGCCCCAGGGCAGCCCUUGCCGCUCUGGUGUGGCCGCCUGGCUGGCGUGGUGGGCAGCCUGGAAGCGCUGUUGGCCAAUGCAGAGGGGGCUCGCAGCAGCCCUAUGCCCGCCCCACCUCCCGCACCACUCCCUGCAGCCCCACGGACGCCAUCGGGCAGCGUGGCACAGCGGGAGAUCCGGCAGUGCGGGGUGAGUGUGAGCAGCCUGCGCGGGGCCUUCGAGCGCCAUGGCGGCGGGGAGAGCGAGCCCGCUAAGGUGGUGGAGGCCGCCAGCGACUCGGGGAUCAGCUGUGAGGAAGCGCUGUCAGAGGGCAGCGGCUCCCCAGUGCCGGAGUCGGCCGGGCUGCGCAAGGAGCGCAUCGUGCUGCUCUUCCUCAGCCAUUGGAAGCGCUCAGCUGGAGGCCUCAACUCUUGGGCUGCAGCCUGCCGGGCGCUGCAGGCCCGCAGGGAGAGAGCGGGUGCUCCAGGCGAGGAGCAGGAGGGCAGGAGGGGCCGCCUGUCACGGCAGUGCAGCGCCAUCCAGCAGCUCCUGGGCAGCUGGAGGGACGUGGCCGCCUGCCCCCCGCCACCGCUGCCCCCCACUGCGGGCAGCCCACAUGCCCCACUAUCCCCGGAGCAGUUUGUGCGGCGGGCGGACGGGACACCGGCCGACUACGACAGCCUGACGCUGGAGCUCUUCAUGCUGGGCUAUUUCCGCAUCCUGGAGCGGGAGCUGCCCCCCGAGGAGCGCCGCGGCCGCCACCUGCUCUGCUUCGAGGUGUUCGACCACCUGGGCCGCUUCGGCUGGGACACCGCUCGCGCCUUCCAUCGUGCCGUCACCGAUGAGAUCGCGGCCGGCCGGCGGGGCUGGGGGGAUGGAUUCGAGGACAUCAAGGAGCGCUUCUUCGGCACCGCCAAGGGCUCGGCAUGGAGGGCAGGGGGCACGGGGGGCAGCCCCCCACACAGCCCAACCCGCCACGGCCGCAACAGCAGCCAGGAGGAGAUCUGCAGGUGCAUCGACCGCAGCUUCGCCUUCUGGAAGGAGAAGGAGGCUGAGAUGUUCAGCUUCGAGGAGUGAUGCCGCAUGACACCCACGGACGCCCUCAGUGCUUCUCAAAGGGCCUCAAUAAAAGCCUUUUGGUUUUGUCUCAGAAAAACCCCUGAGAUGUUUAGGGGUGAUGGGGAAUGCUUUGCUGAGUGCCCUGGCGCCGUGAAGGCCUGGCUGCUCCAUGCCGGCUGUGCUGUGUCUGCUGCCACCCGCUGUGCUCCACAUCGGGACUGAGAUAUGAGCCUAUAUUUAACAGCUGGCCCCAGACAGGGGAAUGGGACACAGCAGUGUGAUUGAAC